AUGUCGCCUCUGUCCGAUUGGCUGACAGCAUUUCAUGUGCCCCUUGCAACCCCCGUCGGCACUCGGCCACAGAUCAGGCUCAAUGGGCGCGCCAUUUCUCCCUCUAGGCCUGAGAGAUCAUGCUUCCCGAUUCGUUCGCACCUUUCUGCGACGGAAGCAGCCUUUGUCUUACCCUGUCUCUGCGCACUCAUUCACCCCGCGGUUGUCAUUAUCCAGCAGCUGGGCUCAUGUUCUAUCACCCAUGUUCUAUCCCUCUAUCGAGCUAUGCUUCCAUUUCCGGCUCUCCCGGUCAGCGUGUCGAAACAGAACAAGCGCCCCUAUGCCGUUGCUUCUGCCGCGAAGCUUUUCCUGCACGUUUCUGCAUCAGACAACGUACCAUGCCGAACGGGUUGUGAGCGUGCCGUGUGCACAAGUCUUUCCAUCCCCACAUCCCUGCACAGAUAUCCUCCGGCGGAAAGAACUCCAACUACAAGGGGCUCCUGUUCUGCCUGCCAAGCCUUUUCCACCGUGUCAGUCGUUUAUUUGAUCGCGGCGCCGUCACCAUGCGGGAGCAGGCCUUUCAACUCCAUACGGACGCGCUCAAUGUCCGAGAGCGAGGGAUAG